CAGUUUGUCGUGCGUUUGAGAGCUCAAGCUGCCGUUUGCAGUUUCGGAGAUCAAAGUGAGGACAUGAUAAUGGAUCAAAUAGUGUACGCGACUCAAACGGAUGAUAAACUACGGUCCAAAUACUUAGAGGUUGACACGAGCUUGGACGAAAUGUUGAAAAUCGGACGCACGCAUGAAACCGUUAAUAAACAGGUUCAAGAAUUUCGUUCCAACCCACUUGACAGCGCUGAGAUCAAUACGGUGGAUCAGUCUGUCAAACGCACGAAACUCAAACUGACCUGUGGCAGAUGUUUGGGAAACCACCUGGCUUCCGAUACGAUAUGUCCAGCUCGAGAAUCGCAAUGUAACCGGUGCAACAAGAAAGGCCAUUACGCACGAUGUUGCAGGAGUGUGAAGAAUCCGGUUCAAAACCAUCAACCAACGUCGAGCAACCGGAAGCGUCAAGUACAUGAUCGAGACCAUGGAAAUCGUUGUGAUCAAAAGCCGAAAUUCGUACGAGAAGUUGAUGACGUCACGAAGACAGCAGAAAUCCGUGAGCUGUUCCAUUUGGACGGAAAGCGUACGACGAUCUUAUCGGUCGGUGGAGUCAAUCUGCGGUUCAUUGUUGACACCGGCGCAGAUGAGGACGUGCUUAGUAUUGCAGAUUGGACGACGUUGAAGCGGAUUGGGUUCGAGGCGUUUGCAAUUAGGAAAGGAAGUUCGAAGAUUUUCCAAGCUUACGGAACGAAGAAUCCAUUGACUGUACUAGGAGAAGUCGACGUGAUGCUGAGAACAGGAAAUGAGUCCUGUCGCACAACGUUGUUCGUGAUUCAAGAUGGUAAGCAUUCGCUGCUCUCCGGACGCAGUGCAGAGACACUUGGCGUGGUUAAGUUUCUGCGGUCAGUGAGUGACGAUACCUUUCCGGCUAUCAAAGACAUGUGUGCAUCCAUUAAAAUAGAUACAACUGUGCCACCUGUUAGACAAAGUUAUCGUCGCAUACCAAUUCCUUUGGAAGAAGUUACUAUAUUAAAACUGAAAGAAUUGGAACGUCAAGGCGUAAUUGAACGAGUGUAUGAGGCAUCAGAAUGGGUAUCGCCUAUGCUUGUUAAGCGGAAAAAUUCGAAUGACGUGCGAAUUAUAAUUGACCUUCGCGAAGCCAACGAAGCUGUUGUAAGAGAAGUCCAUCCACUUCCUACAAUGGAACAAAUGACGGCUAAAUUACGAGGGAGCAAAGUUUUCGGGAAACUUGAUAUUAAACAAGCGUUCCAUCAACUUUUGUUACGAGAAGAUUGCCGAUAUAUAACAACCUUUAUAUCGCCCCUGGGUGAGGACAAUUGUUGAACAUUAUCGUUAAAUUUUAAAACAUUCUAAAACAAAGCAUAUAUUGGAUAGGUUUAAUGCGAUACAAACGAUUGGUAUUCGGGUUAUCAGCAGCACCAGAACUUUUCCAGAAAUGCAUGGAAACCAUAUUAGCAGACUUUCCAUGGAUUGUGGUUUUCAUAGACGACGUCUUAAUACAUGCUCCGGAUGAAAAAUUAUUAAAUACCAGAAUGACUUUGGUGAAAAAUCGUCUCGAGCAAUAUGGGAUUGUUUUGAAUGAAAGCAAGACUAUUGAAAGCGCAACAGAAAUUGACUUUCUUGGAUAUCGUUUAUCUGCAGAAGGUAUUACAAUUUCUUCAGAAAAGUUGGAAGCCAUUGGAAAAUUUCGAACACCAAAAUCUGCUGAAGAAGUGAGAAGUUUCUUGGGGCUAGCCACUUUUGUGAGCCGGCAUAUACCCAAUUUCUCAACAAUAAGUAGCCCGUUGAACUCAUUGACAAGGAAAGCGGUACCAUUCGAAUGGACAGAAUUGCAUCAGAAAGCAUUUGAAACGCUGAAGCACGUUCUAAACAAAUCAGAAACUUUGGCAUUUUUCAACCCGAACUUUGAAACUUUCGUAGAGACCGAUGCAAGUCCGGUAGGUCUCGGUGCAGUUCUAUAUCAGAAGUCAGCGGAAGGAACGAUUCACAUUAUUUGUUAUGCUUCGAAGACCCUUUCUGAAGUGGAGAGACGCUAUGCUCAAACAGAGAGAGAAGCUUUAGCGUUGGU